UACCGCAACGGCUCCAUCGAAUUCGACGAGCUCGUCGGCGCAAUUCUCGCCAACACCAACAAGGAGGUGCUUCUCAACCAGGACCAGCUCAUCGAGCUCUUCCGCUCCUUCGACCGCGACGGCAGCGGCUACAUCACCGCCGCCGAGCUCGCCGGACAGAUGGCUAAGAUGGGGCACGCCCUCACCUACCGCGAGCUCAGCGACAUGAUGCAGGAGGCCGACACCAACGGCGACGGCGUCCUCAGCUUGCACGAAUUCGCCACCAUUAUGGCCAAAUCUGCAGUCGAAUUUCUCGCCGAGCCUGAAUCGUCUUCCUCCUCCUAG